AUGCUGUUUGAUCGACAACUGAGCGACAAGGAGGUCAUGCUGCUCUAUCAGGGCUGCGUGACAGGCCCCACAUCGGCUCCGAAAACAACAAGUAUGUAGGUGUGUUUGCAGUUUGGCUGCAUGCAUCGACAAAAGGAAGCAGUCAGUCAGUGUCGGCAGGAACUCCCUCCCUGGCAAUGGCCGUGUUCCUUGAUGCUCAUUUGUCCAUUUCUCUCCCUUUCUCGACCCCUCUCUGUUGUCUGCCUUGUCCUCAGCUCCUCCCCCAAACACAACGACCACGACAACGACAACCACAAGUAUGUCACCAACCGAUUCAAUUUGCGUUUGUUUGGUGCGUGGGAUGGCUGCAUCACUUUCGAAUGUGUGAAUUGGUGCAGCUACGCCCGCCCCCACCAUAGCGCCGCCUCGUCCCGUCUCGCCUGAAGGGUUGGUGCUCUGGUGGACAUUUGACGAUGAUAAUUGGCCACCCUCCUUCGACCACACCAACCCGGACACGUACCCUACAGACUGCGUGGUCGAAGUUGGAAAGGAGUAG